AUGAAUCCACCUCAUGACUUUCUCCCUUUCUCUCCCCAGCAGAGGGCGCGUCGACCCCUUCGGAGCAGCGUCCCCGAAGAUUGCAGAAGCAGCGAAUUGCACGUGACCCCUGAGCAACCUGCAUGGGUCGUCUCGCCAGGUCACGCCGUAUCAGGGGUCACCGACGGGUCACAGCAGAUUUGCAAGUGGACAGUUAAGGCUCCUCCCGGUCACGGCGUAGUCAUCGAGGUAGCGGACCUGCGCCUGCGUCGGUCGAGGCGCUGUGCCGCCAGUCGCGUCCUGGUGCAAGCCGGACUCUCGGCUCAACAGGCCAGACUCAGGCCGCUGGUCAGGUUUUGCGGAAGAGGCCCGAAGAACCCGCUCUGGAAGACGACUUUUUCAGAAGUGAACAUCGAAUACAAGAGCAACGGCGCCACGAGGAAGAAGUCGGAAGUCAAAAGCAAGAGCGCAUCGAAAUCCCCUUCGCAAAAACUCGUGACUUACGAGGACAGACCUUCGGCAAAUUCGGCGAGAGGAGGUCGUCCUUCUUCUUCUUCAUCGUCGGGGUCGUCGCCGUCAUCGUCGUCGUCGUCGUCGUCGUCAACGCCGUCGCCUUCCUCACACCUCACAAGAGCCGAGAAGAUCGCCCGCAUCAAAGCUCUCCAGAGGCUUUACAACCUUCGUUCGUCCGACCGGAAGGCCUCUCCAUCGGUGCGAUACCAGCCUGAGUCGCAAAGGAGACAUCAGUAUUACAGUUACCAACAGAAUACCAACAGCAGGCGCUUCUACAGGCACUCGAACGGCACUGGGGACGGUGGCGUGUACGACCCCACGAACGACACCAUAGUAAUCGACGGCGACGACUUUGUGUACGACGAGGAGAGCCAUGCCUUCGGGGCGAUCACAGGGACCUCCGCAGCCGCGCCGUCGGUCCGGCUCUUCAGCGUCGGGGAACCGACGUGGAUCAGCAACGACUUCAUCCUACACGACGGGAUGAACGUGACCGAGUUGGAGAUGGAGGAGGAGGACGAGAUGGCAGAGAGCCCGAGAAAGACCCAUAAACGGAAGAAUAAGAAGAACAAGAAGAAAGCCAAACGCAAGAAGCAAGGCAAGAAACAGAGGGCGAAGGAGGACCCUCUGGAAGACGAAGACGGGUCUUUGGAGAGGAUUCCGAGGUCAGCCUGGUCGCCCUCGAGCAGCAGCUAUCGAGGGAGCUCCCGACGCAGUUACCACCGCACCAGGUACUACACGGUGAGUCAAAGGCGUCCUUCGCGGAGGAAGCAGUACCGGGUCACCAUCUCGCGCCACAACCCGCCGGCCCGAGCCCCUUCCCACGUCAAGCCCGAGCGCGAACCGGUCACCAGUUCGCCCCAGUCGCGCGGACACAACGAAAUCAUCCCCCGCAAGCCGUCGAAACACGUGCCGGAGAGCUCCAAAGAGGUCUACUAUCCUUCCAAGACGUUCGGCUUCUUGGACCCGAAGCCUGCGAAGCCCGAGGCUGAAGAGGCACCGGCGACGCCCUCCUCAGGCCACGACAAGCGAGAGCUCUUUGUGCUGAAGGUUCGCUCUUUCAAAAGCCAUUGCGGAGGGGAAAUCACAGCCGAUCGCGGGCGUUUCACCAGCCCUGGAUACCCGCAGAAAACUGGUGGCAAAAAUUCUUGCUUCUGGAGAUUCAAAACUCCUCCCGGAAGUCACUGGAAACUGCAAUGCACGCACUUCCGCAUUCGGAAAUCUCGAAAUUGCAUGCGGGACCACCUUGCAAUCCGUAUAAAUGACGCCGACUGGACGAGGUAUUGUGGUCGAGAAGGCCCGAGUGUGGCACUGACCUCCUCGCACGCAGCAUAUGUCGACGUCGUCCUCAACACCUUCAGGAACGACUCAGCGAGAACCAUCUGUUCUUGGGAGUCUAGAUACCUUGGAGGAGCACAAAACCACUACGGGUAUCGGCGUUACUGGAGCUACAACCUCACCCGCAUAACCACGCCACCACCAACAACCACAACCACCACCACCACCACAACCACUCCGCCGCCCUCGCUCGCGUACCACCAGACAUGGAGUUGCCACGAUUACCGAAAGCUCACUUCGGACCACACGAUGUGCCGCUCCACCCCGCCCACCUGCUCCGUCUACCUCGAGGGCGUGACGAGCGGCGAAAGGGCGUUCAUCCUCGACGCCCACAACAAGUACAGGGCCAUUGUAGCUCGAGGGGAGGAGAGCGAGGGGCUUCCAGGGCCUCAGUACUCGGCGUCGGACAUGCGGCAGCUGGUGUGGAACGAGGAGCUGGCGCAGGUGGCUCAGGCGUGGGCGUCCGCUUGCCCGGAUUACCACGACUGCCAAGACUGCAGGCGGGUUCUGUCCAGGGAUUACUACGUUGGCCAAAAUAUUUUCUAUGAAUGGAGUAGUAGUAACGGCGGCUCAGUGUGGGAAACAGCGGUCAGACUCUGGUAUGAGGAAGUCAAGUAUGUGCCCAACUACCUCACGAAAAGUUUCCGGAUGAUGGACCACGCCGUGAUAGGCCACUACACGCAGCUGGUGUGGGCGGAGACGAGGGAGGUCGGGUGCGGGGCGACCUACCACGACUGCUCCAAGGUCUUCAAAGGAAGGAUGUGGAAGUUGAAAUGCAAGAUCUACGUGUGCAACUAUGGGCCUACAGGUAACUACGUCAGAAAACCAAUGUACAGCAUAGGGCCUCCAGCGUCAGCAUGUCCUCCUGAUACUCGGCCGUCCAUACAAUAUCCUGGUCUUUGCACUCUUCGCUGACAAACAGUUUAGCUACUUUUCCUCUGUUCAUAUUGACGUAAACUCGGGAUAUCUGUUCUCUGUGCUAAUUAAUAAUGCCUGUGAAUGAGGUAAUGUAAACAAGCAUUCGAGCUCUGAGUUACACCGAAAUGUAUAAAUAUAGGACGUUUUCUUCGGUCGAUCCAGUGUUAAUAUAUUCUACACGAGGAAGACAAGAACUACUGUGUGCUAUAGCUUGAAGGAUCUCCUGUCCUUCCUACCAGUGUAAAAGAGGUGUGUAUAUUAUAUACUCCAAACCAGGGUUAUACAAGGUCUCUAUAAUGAUACAUGUGAUGCUCCACUUGUGCUUUCAGAUGUGCCUUUACUGUGUUCUCCACGUUUAGCAAAGAAGGUAGAGUGAGAAGGAUGCAACUUGAAAAAAUAUAUAUAUAAACGAGUAAAUUAAAGUCUAGUUUGUGUGUUUUUUAAAGUUAUUUUUUCUAACAAAGGUGUGAUUCCAUGUGUGUGAUUUGCAGUGAAAAAGAUGCCCACCAUAAUAAAAAAGGUCUGUUUAGUGUUAAAUCUGAUCCAUAUGUUUCUAAAAAGAAGCAAGAUGGAAUUCAAUUCUCACUAAAGCAAAGUAUUUUCCUUAAGACUUAAAUUUCUUAAUGUUACAACAAAGUGCCAUAAAAAUUAUUUUCGUGUCCAUAGGACAAGUAUCACAUUGAAAACGUUUUACUAUGACGUAAGUUUGUUUUAUGUCGAAUUGGCUGUGACCUGUGUGGAACAGAAGACAUUAACUGAACACACACACACAC